AUGGGCGCCCAGAACAAGUACACAGUCAUUCUGCCUACAUACAAUGAACGGAAAAACCUCCCUAUCAUCUGCUGGUUGCUGGAGAAGAUGUUCCGAGAGAACAACCUGAACUGGGAAGUGAUUAUCGUUGACGAUGGAUCCCCAGACGGUACUCUCGAGGUCGCGAAACAGCUGCAGAAGGUGUGGGGAUCCGACCACAUCAUUCUCAAACCACGCGCAGGCAAGCUCGGUCUUGGUACGGCUUACGUCCACGGCCUGCAGUUUGCGACUGGCAAUUUCGUGAUCAUCAUGGACGCCGACUUCAGUCACCACCCGAAGUUCAUCCCCGAAAUGAUCAGAAUCCAGAAGGAGUCGGACGCCGAUAUCGUCACCGGGACCAGAUAUGCCAACCGCGAUAACGUCAAGGGCGGUGUCUACGGCUGGGAUUUGUUCCGCAAGUUCACUUCGCGCACCGCCAACCUGAUCGCGGACGUCAUGCUGAUGCCGGGUGUGAGCGACCUGACGGGAAGCUUCCGCCUCUACAAGAAGAGCGUUCUCGAAAAGGUCAUCGGCAGCACCCAAAGCAAGGGCUACAGCUUCCAAAUGGAAAUGAUGGUGCGUGCCAAGGCCAUGGGCUACAAGGUCGAAGAAUGUCCCAUCACCUUUGUGGACCGCCUCUAUGGCGAAAGUAAACUCGGGGGGAGUGAAAUUGUCGAAUACCUCAAGGGUGUUCUUACGUUAUGGCUAAAGGUCUAA